GUCGUCUUUCCGGAAGUGUGCAUCAUAGUUUAGACUGGUAUUUAUGCAUUUCUCAAUUUAUUGUCCUUAAUACGAGCAGUAUGAAUUUAAAGAGAGUUGGAUAGUCAGACUGUAUUUUGCACGUAACAGAUUUGGUUAGAGAUGACAGCUGAGAAGGAUGGGCUAUUUGAGGAUCCAAACUUUAAAGCUGAUGACUCCGCCCUCUUCUCGGACUACACCACACCCCUUUCCAGGCUCACUGGCAAAGUUACUUGGCUCCGCCCCAAGGAAAUCUGUAAGAGUCCAUGCCUCUUCCCUGAUGACUUUACUGAGGCUUACCCAAAGCAAGGCAUUCUGGGAGACUGCUGGUUGCUGUGUGCUUGUAACAUGCUGCUGAAGAGCCGCUAUCUGCUGGAUCAGAGGCACAGGGAGUCACAUUGCUGUGUCACAGAUUCUGGGUCCCCCAUUCUAUUCAGAGUUUGGGUUACUCUCUGUGUGAAGUUCCUCCAGCUCUCCCUGUGUCCACAUGGGUUUCUUCAGGGUUUUCUGGUAUCCUAUGAUUUCUCGAGGUUCCUCCCACCUCGUACAAUCAUGCCAGUGAUGCCUCCUGGACAGUGUGUGUGGGGGAAGAGAGGUUAUACUGGUCAGUUUUGGUUCCAAUUUUGGAGGAAUGGCCACUGGACAAAAGUUCAGAUAGAUGAUCGACUGCCCUGCAUCAACAACACACUCUGUUUCUCUCGCUGUCACAGCCCCAUGGCUUUCUGGGUAGCGUUGUUGGAGAAAGCAUAUGCAAAGCUGCAUGGUUCAUAUGAGCGUUUAUGGGCAGGACAGGUGUGUGAGGCAGUGGUGGACCUGAGUGGGGGUGUGGCUGAACGCUGGAGUUUAAAAAAGUCUGUGAACACACCUGGAGGGAAGAGCUUGUUCCCAGAGCUCUCUGAGGAGAUGAGGAAGCAGAGUUACAUCAGUUGCUGUGUACACGAAGCCCCUAUGGGUGCCUCUGAGCAGGGUCAGUUUCACGCUCUGAAUGUACUGGAAUGGAAAGAUGUGAAAACAAGUGCUGGAGCACAAGUGCAGCUGCUACAGAUACGCAACCCAUGGGGCAGGAGGUGCUGGGAAGGAGCCUGGACUGAGAGAGGAUAUGGGUGGACUUUGCUGGACCCCUCGUGCUCUGCAGAUCUGUUGGGCCACACAAAGGAGGGAGAAUUCUGGGUAGAUGAGAUGGAAUUUCGGCAGAAAUUUGAUGAAGUCACUGUAGGAUAUCCAAUCAGUGAGGAUCAUUGUCUUCAGAGCAUUUACACGGGGUCUCUCUUGACUCACACCCAGCAGAUAGGCGGCUCCUGGGUUAAAGGCCACUCAGCAGGGGGUUGCCGUAACAAUAGUAGCUACAGCAGCAAUCCUAAAUUCUGGUUAAAGGUUCGAGAAGGAGGAGAGGUGCUCAUGUCACUCCUGCAGCAUGGACCAUGGAGCUCACUGUACAAUUCCCAGAAACGAAAAUCAGUUGGCAAUACUCCUCAGCACCCGUACUAUCAGGCCAUUGCGCUGCAUGUAUGGAAGGUGGACAAAAAGCGCUUUAACUUGACAAGGAUACUGAACUCGACGCCCUGUGCAUCCUCGCACACACACACGUAUGAGCGUGAGGUGGUAGUACAUGCACACUUAAGUGCUGGGUUCUACCUACUCGUGCCCAGCACCUUCCUACAGGGAGCACAGGGGCACUUCCUUCUUCGUGUGCAUGCUACCUGCCCCACUUACCUCAGUACAGUAAAGGUGAGUGUGCAGCAGGAGUGUGUAGAGGGAGAAUGGGAGAUGGCAAGUGUUCGCGGCUGCUGGACAGUCGGCUCUACAGCUGGAGGAAGUCGGAACUUCCCGUCACAUGGACAGAACCCACAUGUUCCCCUUAUAGUGACUUAUGACCCUGGUGGGACAAACGUUAGAAUCACGCUACGGCAGCAUAUGCCAGAGAAUUCUCUUCAUGCCAUUGGCUUUCACAUUUAUAAGGUUCCCAGUGAAGUGGACUGCAUGGUGAUCUCGGGUACAGUGUGCCCUGUGGCGAGUUGUGUCCCUCAUGCUCACUCUCAGGAAAUCAGUGUCCAGUGUAGGCUGCCCCCUGCUGGCUAUGUCAUUCUGCCCUCCACAUACCAGCCAGACUGCAGUGCAGAAUACACACUCACCAUCGCACAGAAAAUACCAAGGGUCGCGGGAGAAUCUGGAGCCAAUCCCAGGGAGCAUCGGGCACAAGGUGGGGUACACCCUGGACAGGGUGCCAGUCCAUCGCAGGGCACCAAGAAAGCAAUAAGCUGUCAGGAGCAUUUGGGCCAGGCAGUUCAGGAGACUUCUCAUGUCUCUGUGAUGGGGCUGUAGUGUUUCGGAGGAGGGUGCUUUUUCUGUCUCCAACUUUCUGCUGACAUGGGUCAAUUGAUACUCUCCAUAGUUGAAAGCCAAAGCAUUUACAUCGCGUUUAGUACGUAGUGUCUACUGGGUUGACCCUAAUGAAAGCCAAUGGCACUCUGCCCUGCCAUCUAAUAGGAGCUAUUGAAGCUGCCGCCACAUGCCAUGGUCUCUCUCAUAGUUUUUAGAAGCACUGUGCUGACAUACAAUGAUCAGCUGAAAGCAAAGUGUCCCACCAUUAAGAACAAAGAGAUCACUCAGGGAGAGAGUUACCGGCUGACCCACACAGAGCUGGUGUGCCUGCCAACAGCUAAACCAGGUUUGAGAGAGAGUGGUGAACAAGUCAGCUCUCAUUCCUUCUGAUGUGGCCAAUGGCUGUUUUAGGACAGCACAUUUUUAUAGCCUAAACAGGUCACAUACUAUGUUGUAAAUGUUUGAACAAUUUUUACUAUGGUACAAACCCAACAGUUAAACAUUCUGUUGGGUAAAAUAAGUGUCUACUGUCACCUUCCCUUUGAUCUGCAUGUAUAUUGUUUGUGUAUAAAAUUUAACAAAUAAACUGGUGCAUGGAAAACAA